CUCACCACUCUCACUUUCACAUAUAUACAUGGAGGCCGCCGUCGAGCUCCACCAAAUCGAACUCCAAGUCCUUAAACCCGUGGCCGCCGCCGCCACCGGUAGGGCCCUGUCCAAGUUCUCCAUGCUCACUCGUUUCCAUGCCGGCUACUUCCGCAUCAGCCUCUCCCUCUGCGGCCAGGCGCUGCUGUGGAAGACGCUCAUCGAGCCGUCCACGGACGCGCGCGCCCUCCGCGCCGUGGUCAGCCGCCUCCCCUCCUUCGCCUUCGUCCUCUUCUGGUCCCUCGCCUUCCUCACCCUCCUCGCGCUCUGUUUCCUCUACGUGGCCCGCUGCGUCCUCCGCUUCCGCAGCGUCCGCGCCGAGUUCGCGCACCACGUCGGCAUGAACUACCUCUUCGCCCCCUGGAUCUCCUGGCUGCUCCUCCUCCAGUCCGCGCCCUUCCUCCGCCCCAACACCAACGGUUACCUCCUCCUCUGGUGGCUCUUCUCCCUCCCCAUCCUUGCCCUCGACGUCAAGAUCUACGGGCAGUGGUUCACCCAGGGGAAGAAGUUCCUGUCCACGGUGGCCAACCCCACCAGCCAGAUCUCGGUGAUCGGGAACCUGGUGGGGGCGCGGGCGGCGGCCCAGAUGGGGUGGAGGGAGAGCGCCCUAUGCAUGUUCUCCCUGGGCAUCGCGCACUACCUCGUGCUCUUCGUGACGCUAUACCAGCGGCUCCUGGGCAGCAACUCGCUGCCAGCCAUGCUGCGGCCGGUGUUCUUCCUCUUCUUCGCGGCGCCGAGCAUGGCCAGCUUGGCCUGGGACUCCAUCUCCUCCACGUUUGACACCCCUUGCAAGAUGCUCUUCUUCCUCUCCCUCUUCCUCUUUGCUUCUCUGGUGUGUAGGCCAGCGCUGUUCCGGAGAUCUAUGAGGAGGUUUAGCGUGGCGUGGUGGGCGUACUCCUUCCCGCUGUCGGUGCUCGCGCUGGCCGCCACCGAGUACGCCCAGGAGGCGAAGGGGGCGGUGGCCAACGUGCUCAUGCUGGUCCUCUCGGUGCUCUCCGUGGUGGUCACCCUUGUGCUGAUGGUCUUUACGGCGAUAAAGACCAAUGACCUACUGCCCCAUGACGACCCCUUUAUGUGCUCAUUCGACAACAUGCAAUGAACUGGGAGUUUAUCUGCCUCUUGAUCUGCCCACCCUAUGCUGCAAGAACAUACGUAUACAUCUAUAUAA